CUAAUUUUCAAUCAUUUGGAUAUUUUACUCUUCUUUCUUUGAAGGGUUUUCUGGGUUUUUAGUUUCUUGGUGGUGGGGUUUUGGAGGUGGGAUGAAUAGUGUAUUCAGUGAACAGAUACUUGCAGACAAGCUCUCCAAGCUCAAUAGCACCCAGCAGUGUAUUGAAACAUUGUCUCAUUGGUGUAUAUUUCAUCGGAGCAAAGCAGAACAGGUUGUUGUGAUAUGGGAUAAACAGUUCCAUAGCUCAGACAUGGUUCAGAAAGUUCCUCUUUUGUACCUUGCCAAUGACAUUCUACAGAACAGUAAGCGCAAAGGGAAUGAAUUUGUUACUGAGUUCUGGAAAGUUCUUCCAGCAGCACUCAAAGAUGUUUCUGAAAAAGGUGAUGAUCGUGGGAAGAAUGUGGUUUCUAGACUGGUUGGUAUAUGGGAAGAAAGAAGAGUAUUUGGUUCCCGUGCACGGAGCUUGAAAGAAGUGAUGCUGAGUGAAGAAGUGCCCCAGCCUUUGAAACUUAGUAAAAAAAGAUUGCGCCCUGUCAAAAUAAUUAAGCGGGAUUCACGAUCCAUUAGAACGAAAUUGUCCAUUGGGGGCUCAGCUGAAAAAAUAGUGUCAGCCUUUCAUUUGGUUCUCAGUGAACAGCCCAAUGAAGAUGAAGAGAUGGAUAACUGCAAAUCCACAGUUAAACGUGUGAGAAAGAAGGAAAAAGAUGUGGAUGCUGCUUGUGCCAUUGCAAAAGAUCCAAAACGAAAAAAUUUGGUGAAGGAGCUAGAAGAGGAAGAAAAUCUUCUGAAACAUUGCAUAGACAAACUUAAAUCAGCUGAAGCAAGCAGAGUAGCACUUGUAUCACAAUUGAAGGAAGCUCUACAUGAACAGGAAUCUGAACUGGAGAAUGUUCGAACUCAGAUGCAGGUAGCAGAGGCACAGGCAGAGGAAGCCAGCAACAUGCGGAGGCGACUUAGUGAUGAAGACUAUGUUGCAAAACCAUUGUCUACAACUUCAGCCACUGAUACAGAUGCAAAAGCUGGACAAACACCCAGAAGAACAGCUGCAGCCAUUGCAGCUGAGGUUGCAGACAAGCUUGCAGCUUCAAGUUCCUCCCAAAUGAUCAUGCAUUCGGUUCUCUCAACAUUUGCAGCUGAAGAAGCAAAGAAUGCUGGUCUAUCAAAGACUUCCGUGCACCCAAAUUCAGUCGUUGAUUCCAUUUCAAAAUCUGAACCGCCAAUAGCAGCUUCAGAUCCUAAUUUUUUUAUGUCAGCACAACCACUUACGCCUCCAGUUAACCACUCUUAUCAAUCAGCUCUUGUACCCCAGCCAGCCAUGCAAAACCAAGCUACAACCUCACAAGCUCAAUAUAACAUCAUUCCUCCAUCACAACAGUAUUUACAGGCAACUGGGGGGAUCGUGGCAUAUAGUGGUUAUGGUAAUGUGCCACCCUUGCCUCCAGGACCACCACUCCCUCUGCCAGCACCACCACCACCUCUCCAUAUGGUUAGUCCAAUGGUACCCUUGACGCAACAACCAAUGCCAUUGGCUCAAGCAACCGAUAAGCAGUUCAUCAGUAGUAGCUGUUUCAUUCAUCAAAAGCAUAUCCUUUACACAGUUGUGUCAGCCAAUUUCUAUCUUUUUACGAAGAACUUACUCUACAGUCCAUGCAUCUCGGACAUCUAUCUGCAGAGGAAACAUGGGUACCAUUCUCUCUAACAAAUCCCAAACCAGUUACCUGAAUUCUGAUUUCAGAACUGUCCUUGUACGUAAGACAGGAAAUUCUCUCUCUCUCUCUCUCUCUCUCUCUUUUAUUUUUAUUUUUAUUUUUAACUUUCCUUGUCAUGUGGUUAAAUUGAUACAUGUAUAUAUAAUGGUCUUUUUUUUUUUUAAUCCUUCAACUUCAUAUAAAUUAAUUUGAUUGAU